AUGGCAGCAAUUUUGGACGUCGGUUUUCUGGUUGCAGCUAUUUUAAUCACUAGAUUAACUCUACAAGAGGAAGCACAGAUUAAUGCCUUGGGAUUUUUGUGUGCUGGUCUGAAUAUAAUUACAUACGGCUCUCCUUUAGCAGCAAUGGGUAGAGUGUUGACGACGAAAAGUGCGGAGUACUUGCCCUUUUCCCUUUCAUUUUCCAUUUGCAUAAACGGAGCCAUUUGGACGAUUUAUGCAGUAUUAGUGCGCGAUUAUUUCAUCGGAGUAUCAAAUGGGUCAGGUUUUGUACUGGGAGCAGCACAAUUAAUCCUCCAUUAUAUGUAUCCAUCAAAACAUAAAGUAGGUGCAUUGGAGGAGAAAGGGCAACAUGAACCUCUUAUUCCACCUUCAGAACAAGAAGUUGACUGCAACAAUCAAGUUUAG